UUGUUUCACACCAAUGGAUCAUCUUCAGAAACGUAGACGAUCUUUGUCAGCCGCAGUGGACCGCCGUCGCCUAGCAACGAGAGGAGGCGCAGCGCCGUCGUUAGCCUGCGAGCUAACCAGCAACUUGUAACCAAAAGUUGAACACUUUCCUUUUUUUCAAGGGGGGGAAAUGGUGAAACAAACGAUACAGAUAUUUAGCCGCAUUAAACCCUCUAAGAAAACUACAGCGGUUUACUCUGUGGACAACGAUGAGCCGACGGGGGCUUUUUUGGAGUUUCUGGUGCCCAGGGACCAAGCUGAGGGCUUCGUUAACAACAAGAGGGAGUGCUACAAGUUCAGGUUCCUAAAGGUUUUCGAUCAAGCCGUGAAACAAGAAGAGAUAUUUACACACAUUGCCAAACCAGUGGCAGACAGUGUGUUGGCUGGUUACAAUGGCACCAUAUUUGCCUAUGGCCAGACAGGCAGUGGGAAGACCUUUACCAUCACAGGAGGGGCCGAGCGCUACAGUGAUCGCGGCAUUAUUCCCCGCACCCUCUCCUACCUGUUCCAACGCUUCUCCCAGGACAGCAGUAUGAUUUACACCACACAUAUUUCCUACUUGGAGAUCUACAAUGAGAUGGGAUAUGACCUUCUGGAUUCCCGACAUGAAGCAUCUCGACUGGAGGACCUACCAAAGGUAUUGAUCAUGGAAGAUCCCGACCAGAACAUCCAUCUGAGAAAUCUGUCCCUGCAGCAGUCAGCCAAUGAGGAGGAGGCUCUGAACCUGCUCUUCCUGGGUGACACCAAUCGCAUGAUUGCAGAGACUCCGAUGAACCAGGCCUCCACGCGCUCCCAUUGUAUUUUCACUGUGCACGUGUGCAGACGUGAGCCGGGCUCGGCCACCCUGCGGCGCUCCAAGCUCCACCUGGUGGACCUGGCCGGAUCGGAUAGAGUUAGCAAGACUGGCUUGACCGGGCAGUUGCUCACUGAAGCAAAGUACAUCAACCUCUCCCUCCACUACUUGGAGCAGGUGAUCAUUGCUUUGUCCGAGAAGAGCCGCUCCCAUAUCCCCUACAGGAACUCCAUGUUGACUUCUGUGCUGAGGGACAGCCUCGGGGGCAACUGCAUGACCACCAUGAUUGCCACCAUAGCAGUGGACAAGAGGAACCUUGAUGAGUCCAUCUCCACAUGCCGCUUUGCUCAGCGUGUGGCUCUCAUCAAGAAUGAGGCGAUGCUGAAUGAAGAACUGGAUCCUGCCCUGCUGAUAGCCCGUUUGAAGAGGGAGAUCCAGUCUCUGAAGGAAGAGCUGGCCAUGUUGACAGGAGAACAGAGAGAUGAGCAGCUCACUGGGGAGGAGAUCCAGAGGUUGGAAGUGCUCGUCAAGGCCUUCCUCGAGGACCCUGAUCCCGACGUCACCCUUUCUAUGGGACCGGACAUGAGAAAAAUCCAGCACUGUUUCUCCCUGCUGAAGAUAAUGAUCAUGGGCAAGCAAAGUGCCGGAAAUAGACACAGUGAUGGGGAAGCAUCGCCAGGCAACACAGUGGCAGUGAUUCAAAACAGCCCCUGCUCUGCAGCAGAAAUGACCAAACUAAAGGAGAUGAUGACGCAACGUGAUAAUGAGAUCAGUAUCCUAGUGAAGAUGCUCAAGAGGGAGAAAAAAAGGUUCCAGGACACUGGUGAUCAGCUCGCUAACACUCCCAAUGGCCAGAGCCCAGCUUCCCAGAGUGCCUUGAGGCCGGCAGCAGGGCCGCCGUCUAGGGAAGGAAGCCUGGACAGUAUCCCAGCCAACCAUGGAGGACAAGCUAUACAGAUGAAGAAAAGAGAUCCACAGCUGUCUAUGGGAAAGCAAGAGGCCUUUGAGACCUUCAUGAGGGACCAUGAGGACCGUGUGACCGUUGAGCACAACAGGGAGCUUCUCAAGCAGAGGUCGGCUGAGGCCAGAAGAAUUGGGGAAAAACUGAGCGAGGCCAAAAACCGAAUAAAUGAGCUGAAGAAGCAGUUAGCGUUGCAGAGGAGGCAGAGAGCAGCUCUUAGUGUCACAGAGAAUUGCCCAGAGGUCGAGGCGGAGGUCGACCCGGUGGAAGAAAACCUGUGCAAACACAUCGAGCAAGAAAAGAAGUUCUACAAGAGCUCCAUCGGCGUUCUAAAAGCGCUGCGGACAGAGAUUGAGCACCUGCAGCUGUUGUUGGAGAGAGCGAAGGUCAAGCUCCAGAGAGACUUCCAUAAGUGGUGGGGCCUGGAGGCUUCAAGCGUGCAGGAGUCGGAGGCCACGGCCGGAGGUCCCGCGGGGUCCCCACAUAGAACCUUGCAGCCGCCUUUGCCCAGCCCUCCAGCGCUUUGUUCUGAGAGGGAGUCUCGAGCCGACCCAGAACCCAAGCCAGUCUUUUCCACCGCUGUUGGAGACCUCAGAAGGUUCGCCCCAAAAAGGGUUCCUCUCGCUGCGGCCGUCGAAGCAGGACCUGAAGAGACCCCGGGCCAAAGGAGGACUGACCCCCCUUCUUCUGAGUGGAGGGCCCUGUCCACCACCAAGCUCUCCUCCUCCAUUCCACUGACCGGAGACCAGCAGACUGAUGCGGACAUCCUGGCCUUCGUCCAAGCCAGGCAAAACCUCCUGAACAGGACAGGCCAACUUCAGUAAUAAGGUGAAGUUAUCGUCACCUGACUCCUCGUACCACGUCCACAUGAGCCUUAAAGAUGUCUAAAUGACACCACGGAGAAAAUCCAGAUGUGUGAAGAAACAAUCUCAUCUGUGAGCUGGCUUUCACCUGAAAAGCUCUCAACUCAAGCUUACACCCUGUCUGACUUUAUUUGCAUACACACACUUGUUGGCUUCCCGGAGAGUAUGCCAUUGACAUAAUGGGCAGCAGUAUAAAUGACAGCCCACGCCGGCCAUCUGACCUGAACAAAUGUUGUCUCAAGAUAUCAGAGGAAGGAGCGGGCAACUGGAAACCAGUUGGCUCCAGUACGUGUUUGAAGAGAGUCAUUUAGGAGUCACAAACACACAGCAUCACUCCCUUAAAACAUCCUUUCUUCUGUCCAGCCAUGUGGAUGUUCUGAUUGAUCGAUCCAUUAUCGUGUAGCUGUUAACUCAUUUGUAAUCUGGUCCUUAUAAAUAUACCCAUCUUUGCUUACUGCUAUUAAGGGAGGUGGGGAUGUGGAAACUUUCCCAGCAUGCACAGGGCAGAAGGCGGGGAAACACCCUAAAAAAGCAUCUGUACACGGCUUCCAUAAGCAGAAUUUGAAAUUCAAAUAAUGUUGACAACAUGUAUUUGCAUUGAGUAUGUCUGUCAUAUUGUGAGGUGAAAUGAUUGUUAUAUUCUAUUCUGGUAACAUGUUAUUUCAUAGUUCAGUGCAGACAAUGAGCAGUCAAAGUUACAUUAAAUCAAAUAUUAGCAUUAGGUCUGACCAUUUUCCAGUUUAGAUUUUUACCGGCCUUAACGAACCAACACGCAUGUUUCAUAUGUGUUAGUCCAUGUCACUACAUGACUGCAAUCGCCAUCCAAUAGGUUUCGUCAGCCCGGCCCGGUGCUCCUGACAUUCACCUAACAUGGCCCAUCCCGUGUGGUCAGACACACCUGUGACCGAAGACUACCUGUGAAGAUUGGAGGCAACAUGUUUGCAUGGCUUUGCCUUCGUUUGUUUGAGUCAUGACAAGGAGCUGCCUAAUUUGCGUCCAGUUGCCUGGGACGAGGAGCCGUCUUUAAUUAGAUCAUCUGUUAUUUCUGUGACUAAUAGACUGUGAUUUGAACUUUUGGCUGAUGUUUGCCAACUUUCUUUGCAUUCAUUUUUUUGUCUUUGUUUAGCAUAUUUUAGAAAUUGCAUGGUAUCUGUUUCCCAGCGCACAUCAAACUAUAAGUGUGAACUAUAAUGCUGCCAGGAAAAGGAAACAGCCCUCGUUUUCUGAUUAGACUCAUUAUAUCAGUGAUGCUGAGCGCUGGGGUUUGUCCUGACCAGGGAGGUAGAGGUUUCUAACUCAGGGAACCCUGGAGUGCACUAGUCUGCUAUAUCUUCCACUUCCUAAUUCGUGCUCUGAUGAGCGGUACAUUUAUGUAAUUCAGUGACCUGUAUCACCAUUUUCUAAGCUACUGUAUCUGCUUUUCCAUGGAGACAGGCCUCUAGUUGGCUUUCGCAGCAACUCAAAAGCUGCCAGAAACAAAACGCUGGCGGCAGGUUCCACGGCGAGUUGGUGGCCACAGGCAGCGCCGGGUCUCCGCAGGGUCAGAGUGGCAACGGAAGGUCACCCAGCAGGGUGUCGGGCCGGGUCAGGAUCAGACUUCCGACACUGCACUUGCAGUGGUUGAAUUUGAGUUGUGACUUGUCUCCACAGAAGUUGUUUCUAUAAAUAAAACAUUCUCAGCGAGA